AUGGUUUUAAAAAGGAAAAUUUCCUUCCCAGUUACUGAAAAGGAUUACUUAAAAUUAAUUUGCAAUUUCAUACACCGCUUGGGUUUAGCAGACUGUUGGUAUGAAAAAGAAAUAAGAUAUUCAAUAUUCAACAAAGCAUUCUCCCUUAUUUUAAAUAUAUUUUCGGUUAUUUUUACGGUCAAUAUAUUGGCAGCCAAUUACAGAACAGAUUUAACUUUAAAAGAGAGUAAUGAUGUGCUUAUAUUUAGUUAUGGUUUGCCAGCAAUAUGUCUGAAAGUUAUAAUACUUUAUGCGAAAAAAGAUGACAUUAAGGUAUUUUUCAAGAAACUUCUAGAAGGGGAGGUGACCCAAAAGCCGAACACAAAAGCUAUAAGAGCCGCAAUAGUUGUUUACGUGGUUGUUUGUUGCGGUUUUUUAUCAGCAACGGUGCAAAUGCUUUAUGGCAUCAAGGAUUAUGUUGUGGAAGGCAUACCAGUUCGAGUUGAAGUUCUUUAUUACCCUAAAGCGAGCGACGCUGGGCUCCUUGUCAAUUUUAUUAGAUUCCUAGCCCUAGUUCACUUCUGGUACAUUAUCUGCAUCAUGAAUUCUACCGACUAUCUCUGCUUAUGUACUCUAGUCUUCAUCAAAUACAAGUUUAUAAGAGUUCGAAUGUUUUUUGAGAGUCUUGGUAAAAAGUCUAAGAGUGGUAAAGAGUUUGAGAAGGAGUUUUUGGAUGGUGUCAAGUUACUCAAGCAUGCUUUUUGGUGCGCUCGCAAUGUACAAAACACUAUUGGAAGCAUUUACAGUGUUCAAAUCGUUGAAAGCAUUACUUUGUUAGUGGUUUUACUUCUAAAAUCCGUGGUGAGUUUUGUUGUUUUCCAAAAAUCCUUGACGUCCUAUGCUGGAUCCGAUAUGGCGCUGCUACUCGUGUGUUUGGGAUCUUAUAUCUCUAUAGUUAUCUUAACUGGAGUUUAUAUGACAUAUUCGGCUAAUAUUACCUAUGAGGCCUUGCAAGUCUCUACAGCCAUUUUUCAUUGUGGAUGGGAGAAGGUUAAGAUUAGACCUGGUCUUCGGAAACUUGUAGUCGUCACGCUCCAACAGUCACAGAAACCACUUUAUAUGACAGCCUUUGGGGUCAUCAAUCUGUCAUAUGAAAAUUUCUUGGUGGUUUUACGGUUGUCUUAUUCGUUCUUCGUAGUUAUGCGAGAUUCUAAAAGCACAAGAACAUAAAGAAAUCUGACAAAGAAGCAACGCAUUCAACGAAUUUCUAGUUUUUUAAGUAAAGGUUAUCAAUAAGUUUGUAGGAUCGCAAGGGAUGUAUUGAGUUCAACGGAAAAUUCAAUUAUAUUAUAUCUUAAUUACUUUAGUACAUUAAAUAGCCUAGGUAUACUUGGUCAGGAUGAAUAUAUAACUGCCGUUAUAUAUCCGUUAGUAUAUUAAAAGCAAUACUGUUCACAUGGAGCACUAACCUCUAGGCGCUCCCCAGUUUGGUACUGGGGACUUUCCAGAUGACCAUAAUCAACGAAGAGCGGUUCGAAUCGUCGAUGAUCAGUCACUUUCCCAGUGGCUUGAUCCCUUGGCGUUGGGUAGAGAUAUUCACUGCAUCUUCUACCGCAUUUACAUUGGAAACUGUUCAGUGAAGUCGUUCGGAUUCAUGAGAUUCAUUGGACGUCGAGCAAUGAAUCUCGUCAACCCAUGACAGCUAGUCGGCCGUCGUUCUGAUCAUUUUCUACAGCUACGUAAAACAAGCAGCCCGAAACAAUAACACUUAAAGGCCGGCAAAGUACUCGAAAGGCUUUGAUCCAUAUAACUUAAAUUCA